AUGGCUGCCGGAAGUACUGAAAGUCGGCAAGGAAACCCCGAAAUGACAACAGACAGCGCUCUGAAUUCUCAACGGGUUUUCAAGAAAUCAUCACCAAAUAACAAAUUGACAUUAUAUUUGGCGUCUCGAGAUUUAGUAGUGGAAAAUGGCUGUAUCGACAAAAUCCAGGGUGUCCUGCAUGUGGAUGCUGAGAAUAUGGACAAUAAGAAACUUUUUGGCCAAGUUACUUUGACUUUUAGAUACGGCCGAGAAGAUGAAGAAGUUAUGGGGCUGAAGUUCUGCAAUGAAGCGAUCAUGAGCCUGGCACAGAUCUGGCCAGUACAUUGUAAUCUUGAAAAAGAACCUAACACCCCACUUCAGGAUGCCCUCAUCAAAAGAUUGGGAGCAAACGCAUUUCCAUUUCACUUGGAAUUGACACCGUUAGCGCCGCCUAGCGUGCAGCUGGUACCCGCCAAACAGUAUCACGGGGCACCCAUUGGUACUUCCUAUGACGUACGAGCGUAUAUUGCAGAAAGAGCAGAUGAAAAAGUUUCAAGACGCAAUACAGUUCGGAUGGGCAUCCGGGUACUGCAAGGGCCGGGAAAGUCGAUGUUGAUACCACCUGUUCUACCACCCUCACCGCACAGCGCGCUUAGCACGCUAGCACAUCAUAAUGUUCUCAGACUAAAAAAUAAAGCUAAAUUGGACGCCGAAGAAAAAUGCCGAAAGCGAGAGGAAAUUGAGAACGUCGAGCCAGCACCGCCGCGGGCCACCGUUGAAAAGCCAUUUCUCUUAUCUGAUGGAAGAGUGGAGCUAGAGGCGUGGUUGGACAAAGCAACGUACUCUCAUGGUGAAUCAAUAACAGUUAGCGUAGUGGUCUCCAACCAUUCUUCGAAGACUGUUAGAAGAAUAAAGACAUUAGUCGUCCAGCACGUCGACGUGUGUAUGUUCUCAAAUGGAAAAUUCAAGAACGUGGUAGCAUUAGUCCGAGGCACCGGAAACGUUUUGCCAGGGCAAAUCCACACUGACACUUACACCCUCACGCCUCACAAAGGUGUAACAAAAAAUUGGAUAGCACUAGAAGAUUCCUAUUCUAAAUCAGGAGCCAGUCUGGCAUCGACAGUUUUAUGUAACUCCAAUACGCCAGAGGAUCGCAAUGUAUUUGCCAUUUACGUUUCAUACUAUGUCAAAGUUAAACUUACACUUAGCGCCAUGGGUGGUGAAGUGUCUGUCAAACUUCCUUUCACACUAACACAUUCCUGUAUAAACGAGGCACCUACAGAUAGUGUCACAGAAGAAGCCACUCAUAAAAUUAUUCUAGAAGGAAAAGAGAAUAGCGAAGAAGAAGAUAGUAAAGCGGAAGCCAAAAAAGAUAAAUGCAAUAAUAAUGGAGUUAACGGAAACGAAGCUACAGCAUUCGGUGAUGACACUGAAGUGAAAUCACCUGAUGAUCACAAAUGCGUGGCUGACGUACUUGUGAAUAUAGAAAACAAACUAACUGACAGACCAAAGAAAUUCGAAGGUCAAACAGAGGUGCGGAAUGCUAAGCCAAAUGAAGAAGAAUUAAAUCUGAUAGUAAAGUACCCAGGUUCUGAUACG